AUGGCACCUCGCGCUGCGCAUACACACGGGCACGCGAUCCCUCUUGGGGCGAAGCGACGCUUUCCGGUGUCUGCGACAAGCUCUGUGAUCGAUUUUGACGAGCAGGAACUACUUUUACAGCCAGAGGAACGCGAUGAUGAGGACGACACUAAAGCGGCUGAUGAGUACAGCCCAUGGCGUCAUCACUUUCGAUUGCUCCUGUUAGGAUAUCUAUCCUUCAUCUUUUUGAAACUCUCCCCGAAUAUGUUCAACACGAUUCUCAGUCAGAUUUUGGAGGGCAUCCUAUGUCGGCAAUAUCAUGGUACCUCUGAUCCUACUUCGGACCCGCGCUGCAAGGAUGAGGACGUGCAGGGUGAAUUGUCUAUCAUUCUCAGCAUGAAGGCAACGUUUGAGCUUCUUCCGACUGUUAUUUUUAGUAUACCUUAUGGCCUUGCGGCUGAUGUGUAUGGUCGCAAGCCGGUUCUCAUAAUAGCUACACUGGGCUGCGUCUUGUACGGCUUGGCUGGUCUUGUCAUCUGCAUGUUUCCCAGUAUCUUCCCUCUACGUCUGCUUUGGGUGGCACCAAUGGUUUCCGUCAUUGGUGGUGGACCGUUAGUCCCAGUAAUGAUGGUAUACGCCAUGGCAAGUGAUGCAGUUCCAGAGUCACGCAGAUCCGGGGUCUUCGUUGUUUUAUCCACUGGACUAGUUGUCGGGACUCUCAUAAGUGGACCUGCAAUUUACUAUCUUAUAGGUAGUGGAGAGUGGCCUGCCAUCUUCAUCUCACUGGGAUUUCAAGUCCUUGGACUCAUCACCACCUUUUUUAUACCCGAGACUCUCACACUCAAGAAUGACCAGUCUGAUGCUGGUAGUAUUCGUGGACAGACGACCUUUACUCACAAAAUCCGCAAUGGUAGUCGAGACUUGCUAGCGAAAUCGUUCAAGUCUCUGCGCGACAUCUUUUGGUCUGACUCUACAAUAACACUAUUUAUCUGCAGCUUACUCUUUAUCGAUGUUGGCGAAGAUAUCGGGUCAAUUAUCACGAAACAAUAUGCGGCAAAGCGAUUUCAUCUGAGUUGGCCAGAGGCUGGUGUUAUUACUUCGGUAAAAAGCUUCACCCAGCUAGGGCUAUGUCUUAUUGCUUUGCCUUUUGCUCAAAGGGUGAUGCGACGCUCCAAUGUUCCGGCUAUCACUCAGGAUGUAUGGAUCGCUCGGACUUGCGUGGUGGUUCUGGUAAUUGCUUAUUGUCUGGCUGGCUUUGCCGACAAUCUCAUCGUGUUUGUCACGGCAAUUGUCUUGUCUGCAGUCAACUUCUGUCUCAAUCCGGCCCUCAGAAGUCUUCUUCUGACUAUGGCACAUAGCGCUGGUGCUGGCGCUGUACUUUCGGCUGUCGAAGUGCUGAACGCCAUAGCCGCUGUUGUUUCAGGGCCAGUCAUGGCUGCUGGCUUUCGCCUUGGGAUGGAGUGGGGCGGUAAAUGGCUUGGUCUACACUGGUUUAUAGCCAUGCUCAUACUGUUACCUGGUGCUCUCAUCGUGGUCUGUAUGCGGUUCAAUAAUGUUGGCAGAAGACAAGAAACCCCCGACGAUAUUGAGGAAGCCUGA